AUGGCACCUCAAUUAGCAUGGAUCGGCUUGGGAAACAUGGGACGAGGAAUGUGCAAAAACAUAGUCGAGAAAGGAGAGCUCGAUAAACCUCUUAUAAUUUUCAAUCGCACCGAAAAGCGAGCUCAAGACUUAAGCAAGACCUUUCCAGAUGGGAAAACGGUCGUGUCCACGUCAAUCGCCGACGCAGUAUCUAAAGCAGACAUCAUAUUUACCUGCGUCGGCAACGACGCCGCUAUCAAUGAAACCAUGGACUCCGCUCUUAAAGGCGACGUCAAAGGGAAAGUCUUCGUCGAAUGCUCAACCGUUCAUCCCGACACCUCCGAAGCAUUAGCCACGAAAAUCACAGAAGCAGGAGCUGAAUUCGUUGCCUGUCCUGUCUUCGGCGCACCAGCAAUGGCAGACGCCGGUCAACUCGUCUGCGUCCUCGCUGGUCCCAAAGCGAGUGUCCAAAAGGCACUUCCGUACUGUAAAGGCGUGAUGGGACGCGCCAAUAUCGAUUUCAGUGAUCAACCGAUUAGUCAGGCGCUCAAGCUCAAGAUUAUUGGGAAUACAUUUAUCAUUCAGAUGAUUGAGGCACUUUCAGAAGGGCACGUUCUAGCAGAGAAAUCCGGCUUGGGUGUCGAGAAUCUGCAUACGUUCGUGGAAACCAUGUUUCCUGGGCCGUAUACCGCGUAUUCGAACCGUAUGAUCUCAGGCGAUUAUUGGAAGAGGGAGGAGCCUCUUUUUGCGGUCGAUUUGGCAAGGAAGGAUGCUGGUCAUGCUUUGGACCUGGCGAAGAGCGCUGGGACGAGCAUGAAGGCUGUCGAGGUUGGCGAUGGACAUUUGAAGGUUGUGAAGGAGUUGAGGGGGGAGAAGGGGGAUAUCGCAGGGAUUUAUGGGGCGGUUAGACAUGAGGCUGAGUUGGGAUUUGAGAAUGGGAAAUAA